CUCCCAUAUAAACACAAUCACAGAUGUCUCGGUCCAGGCUGUCUGCCUCUCUCUCUCCCUCUGCCAGAUUCUAAUCACUAGCACCAGCACUGAGAGAGAGAGGGAGGGAGGAAGAGAGAGAAAGAGAGGGGAGUGAGAGCGAAAGGGGGGAGAGAGAGCAAGCAAGAGAGGGAGAGAGCUAAGAGAGAGGGAGAGAGAGAGAUAGCUGUGAAGAGAGAACAAGCAAGAGAGAGUAUGUAUACUACAGAAUCCACAGCCUUCUCUACCAUUCCCACAUCUCUGUGCUUGUGAACUGGAGCAAGGAGGGAAUCUCAGGAGCAUGUUUUGCUUCUCCUUUCAAACGGGUGUAUUUCGGGACUGCCAGCUACAAUGUUGGCAUGAAAUUAAAUGAAAAAAGGUUUUGAGUCUGUCUGUCUUGAGGGUGGAAAAGAGCUUGGAAACAUAGAAAAGCAAACUGUAUUUCAUAGACAGAAUUGGAUUCAACGCAACAAGGGAAAUGCUGUCAAACUGGAGUUACAAUUAAACCUUAAGGUAAUGACGUGGCUCAGGUUUGACCCCGGAGAUGCCGAAGAGACGAGACAUUCUGGCCAUCGUGUUGAUCGUGUUGCCUUGGACGCUACUUAUCACUGUUUGGCAUCAGAGUGCCAUCACCCCUCUGCUAGCUGCUCGAAAGUGUAAAGGUCAUUCCUCAAUUUCCCCAUGUAGGGGGUUUUAUGAUGACAGACAUGAGAGUCGGCGAGACUCCCGGAACACCUUCACCCUCAAGGCGUCCUGCACCUCAGAGAACAGCAAGGACAUUGUGGAGGUUGUGCGCACCGAGUACGUCUACAGCCGCCAGCCGCCCUGGUCUGAUGUCCUCCCCACCCUCCACGUCGUCACCCCAACCUACAGCCGGCCGGUCCAGAAGGCAGAGCUGACCCGUUUGGCCAACACCUUACUCCACGUGCCCAACCUGCACUGGAUCCUGGUUGAGGACUCUCAGCGAAAAACCCCACUAGUCACCAGGCUCCUUCAGGAAACAGGCCUGAACUACACCCACCUUAAUGUGGAGACACCCAGGAACUAUAAGCUGCGUGGGGACAUGAGGGACCCCAGGAUACCCCGGGGAACCAUGCAGAGGAACCUGGCUCUGCGCUGGCUUAGAGAGACCUUCAACUCCAACAACAGCAACAGCCAGCCUGGUAUCGUCUACUUUGCAGACGAUGAUAACACCUAUAGUCUGGAUCUGUUUGAGGAGAUGCGUUCAACAAGGAAGGUGUCUGUGUGGCCUGUAGCCUUUGUGGGCGGCCUGCGGUACGAGUCCCCUAAAGUCAAUACCCUGGGCAAGGUUUAUGGCUGGAAGACUGUGUUUGACCCCAACCGACCCUUUGCCAUAGACAUGGCUGGGUUUGCGGUGAACCUCCGCCUCAUUCUCUUUAAGCCUCAGGCCUACUUCAAGCUGCGGGGAGUCAAGGGAGGAUACCAGGAGAGCAGCUUACUGCGGGAGCUGGUCACCCUCAGCGACCUGGAGCCCAAGGCUGCUAAUUGCACUAAGGUUAUAUAUGGCUGGGAUUCCAAACAGACUGACAAAAGACAAGCUCCAGGCAAGCAGGAUCAGGGUGAAAUAUAUAUUUACUGUAAUACGACUGUAAAGGGAGUCAGACAGCCUUAUUGUCUACUACAAGCAUUACACAGCUACGUAUCAAUACAGGCAUAGAAUAUCAAAGCACAGAUUCAUGGAGGAUGGUGACACUGUACCUAGCUAAGCGCUUAUCUGAUGCAUCAAUGGAAGACGCCCACAAGGAGCUCGCCAGUCGCCAGAGUGCAACUUAAAACAAAAGACUGUCGGCGGUUCAGACAACAGGAUGGCUUCAUACAGUGGUCAACAGGAAGCGUCCUUAACCCAGCUGACACAAACCAACAUGAUCGUAACCAGGCACUGGACCAAACUGAAUCAAUCAGGGGCCCCGAAUGGCUUUUGUCUGUUGGUGAUUAGGCUCCUUUUGUUGUGGAGCGGACUGUACUUGGGGUGCAGAACAGAGCUGGAUAAAGUAGGUCUUGUCUGACUGGAGUCAGCAUUGACUGACAGACUGAUCUGGAGAGGACAUGAACCCUUCCCACAUCCCAUUGUAAAACACUAAGCUAUUCAGACAGCUCUGCUCCCUCAAACCUAUCACUAAUUAGAACACGUCUCACACACAUACACGUCUGCACACAAACAUCCGCACGCAGACACGCACAGAGUAAUCAGUGUAGGAACAUUGAUUUAGCAUAACCCCCGUACUGUAAUGCCAGCUUUUAUUUGCUGUUGCACAUCUUUUACUGAUCAUAUAACACUACUGAUUUAUAUCAGCACUUUAAGAUCAGGGUCUGUUGUCUGUUACAGUUUCUCAAUCACAUACAAGCAUUUUUGUUUAACAAUCGAUUUUCAAAACAGAGUUCACAAGACAGAACUCUGUGGCUUUUUUAGCAAAACAGUAAAUGGUUGCCUUACCGAAAUGUAGUUGCCUUCUCAAAAUAUAAAUACAUUAAAUCAAAACUAAAAUUGUACAUUCAAAUUUGCUAAUAAAUUCAUCAAAACAACACGACUGCCUGCAAAAAGAUGAACACAACCAUACUUAUCUCGAGUCCAAGUAGACACGAGAAAAAAAUCUCAGUAGAUCAAUACAUGUUCCUUGCAGUUACUAAAUCAUGAUGAUCAAAAUUGUAAGUACAACUAUCCAAAAGUGCAGAAUUAUGUGCAAUUACUCUCCUUUUAUGCAUAUUUCACCAAACAAUUUCAUACACAUUAAAUCAAAUAUAUUCCUGAUAAGAAACAAAAUAAGCACAUUGUGUGCAGGAUUCAUCAGUAUAAUCACAAUCCAAUUCCAUUCCAUAGUCAAUACAUAACUAUGAGCAAACCAGGCUUUGUAGACUCCAUUGGCGCACAGAAACACAAUCCAAAAUAGAAAUAAGGAAAGGUGAAUACAAUGGAAGAAUACAACUGGUAUGAAUGUAUAGGGAGGCCUCAAAGCAAAACCUCUAUAAUGGAAGGUCACAAUGUUGGAGAGGAUAACUUAGGAGUAACCCAACUUUAUCUGCAUCCCUACAGUAUGUGUACAUGGUAUGACACUGAUGGGGUGAUUUAGAAUUUCAUGCAGUAGUAUUUACUGAUUGCCAGAAACAGUGAACACAAUUGCACACCUUUCUCUUCUGAAGAAUACAAUGUGUUAAUAUUCUGUGACCAAAACACUUAAGUGAAUAUUGUAUUUACCAAUGACAUUUGUACUUAAAGUUUUGCAAAAGGUGGUCUAAGAAUUCCCAGAAGAUACCGACCCUACCAUUACUCUUGUUUACACUAAUUUGCACUGUUGUGUGAAUGCAAUCAUAAUUACAUUAAGACACUGUGAAGCCAGCGCAAGAUAUGGGUUGGAAAACAUACCUCGGUGCAGGGAUGGGAUAUGCCACUGUACUCCAAAUUUUACCUUUAUAACAAUAGGGUCAGUAUCUCCUGGAAAGUCUAACAUGGAACCCAAACCAGCUGUGUGCGUGCACCAUCGUGCAUAAAUAAAUUUUGUCCCCCCACACCAAACGCGAUCACGACACGCAGGUUAAAAUAUCAAAACAAACUUUGAACCAAUUAUAUUAAUUUGGGGACAGGUUGAAAAGCAUGAAACAUUUAUGGCAAUUUAGCUAGUUAGCUUGCACUUGCUAGCUAAUUUGUCCUAUUUAGCUAGCUUGCUGUUGCUAGCUAAUUUGUCCUGGGGUAUAAACAUUGAGCUGUUAUUUUACCUGAAAUGCACAAGGUCCUCUACUCCGCCAAUUAAUCCACACAUAAAACGGUCAACCGAAUCGUUUCUAGUCAUCUCUUUUCCUUCCAGGCUUUUUCUUCUUUUGACUUUAUAUUGCGAUUGGCAACUUUCAUAAAUUAGGUGCAUUACGGACACUGACCUCAUUCGUCUUUCAGUCACCCACGUGGGCAUAACCAAUGAGAAGAUGGCACGUGGAUAACUGCUUCUAUAAACCAAUGAGGAGAUGGGAGAGGCAGGACUUGCAGCGCGAUCUGCGUCAGAAAUAGAACUGAUUUCUAUUUUAGCCCUUGGCAACGCAGACGCUCAUUGGUGCAUGCGAGCAGUGUGGGUACAAUAAUUGAAUAACAUAGAUUUAUUUUGCAAUGCUCGCGCACGCGACGCGAGCGGUGUGGUCAGCCUGUAAGAUAUGCAAGUCAGGUACACCAGCAAAAAAUUCAUCAGAAGUUCUGUAAAUGUAUUUGAGCAUUUGAUCAUUGAUGUUCUGCUAUAGUUUGUUUCAACACCGAUCCAAAAAUUCCUUGUAUGCGAUUGAGAAAAACUAAUUUUGGAGUGAAAUACCCAUCACAUUUUUUCACCUCACCAACAGACAAUAGGUAAGGACAUUUGCCAAUGAAACUAGAGCUAGUCAAUUAAAUAUGAUUAUUUCACAACACAUACUACAUCAGUCACAGGAUAAAUGCCUUCCCUUGAUAUGCCAUUUUCUAACCAGUCUGGACCCCAAAUGGCACUUAAUGAUUUUUGAUCUGAUAUUCAAAAGAAAACAGAGGGAAUGUCUGCUUUGUAAACAACCACUGCAAUUACACAAAUUUACCCCACAUGUCAAUGUCUCUUUUGGUUUCCUUGUUUGACAUGGUUUAUUGCGACUAAUGGCUGAUAUUUAAAUUUUUGUUCAAACAUAGCAUUGGUUUCCCUUUUUAUAAAGAAAAUUCCUAUACAGUCCUGGUCUCAGGGAAGACCAAAUUGCCAAUAUGGUACAUGAUAAAUGUCACAACUGAAGCUGACCAAGCUUGUCAAUCAGUGGUCAGAUGAUACAGGUGUAAUGUUCCGUCCUCCGUCCUCUCACCCGGCACAGCCAGAAGAGGACUGGCCACCCCUCAUAGCCUGGUUCUCUAGGUUUCUUCCUAGGUUUUGGCCUUUCUAGGGAGUUUUUCCUAGCCACCGUGCUUCUACACCUGCAUUGCUUGCUGUUUGGGGUUUUAGGCUGGGUUUCUGUACAGCACUUCGAGAUAUUAGCUGAUGUACGAAGGGCUAUAUAAAAUAAACUUGAUUUGAUUUGAUUUAAGAUCCGCCCCUUUUUUUUUGUUGCCUAAAAUGACAUACCCAAAUCUAACUGCCUGUAACUCAGGACCUGAAGCAAGGAUAUGCAUAUUCUUGAUACCAUUUGAAAGGAAACAUUUGGAAGUUUCUGGAAAUGUGAAAUGAAUGUAGGAGAAUAUAACACAUUAGAUUUGGUAAAAAGAUAAUACAAAGAAAAAAACUUGUUCUUUUGUACUAUCAUCUUAGAAAGGCCAUAUGUAUUAUUCCAGCUCAGGCGCAGUUUAGAUUUUGGCCAGUAGAUGGCAGCAGUGUUUGCAAAGUUUUAUACUGAUCCAAUUAACCAUUGCAUUUCUGUUCAAAUGUGCCCAAAUGUGCCUAAUUAGUUUAUUAAUCACUUUUCAAGUUCAUAACUGUGCACUCUCCUCAAACAAUAGCAUUGUAUUCUUUCACUAAUAGCUACUGUAAAUUGGACAGUGCAGUUAGAUUAACAAGAAUUUAAGCUUUCUGACAAUAUCAGAUAUGUCUAUGUCCUGGGAAAUGUUCUUGUUACUUACCUUGUGCUAAUCGCAUUAGCCUACGUUAGCUCAACCGUCCUGUGGGGGACCCAACAAUCCUGUAGAGGUUUAAGAACAAACUCUUAUUUACAAUGACGCCUACACCGGCCAAAGCCGGACAACACUGAGGCUCUUGAGUGGCGCAGUGGUCUAAUGCACUGCAUCUCAGGACUCGAGGUGUCACCACAGACACCCUGGUUUAAUUCCAGGCUGUUUCCCAACCGGCUGUGAUUGGGAGUCCCAUAAGGCAGCACCCAAUUGGCCCAGUGUUGGCAGGAUUUGGCAGGUGUAGACAGUCAUUGUAAAUAAGAACUUGUUCUUAACUGACUUGCCCAGUUAAAUAAAGGUUAAAUAAAUAAGUUAAAUAAAGGUUAAACAAAAAAUAGUGUGCUGCCCUAUGGGACUCCCAAUCAUGGCCGGUUGUGAUACAGCCUGGAAUUGAACCAGGGUGUCUGUAGUGACGCCUCUAACACUGCGAAGCAAUGCGCAUGACCGCUGCACCAGUUCAGAAUGCUUUCAUUUACAUCAUGACACACACAGAAAGUGAUGAUUUGUUAGUCUACACAAUGAUUCCAGUUGAAAAUAUGUUUUGUUUUGUUAGGCUGGGAUAUUUAGUUCUAACUCCUUUUUUCAAUAAAUAAACCCCAGUUUGCAUGACAUUUCAUGUCAAUAAAAUGGAAAAAAAUAUUCUUCUCAAGAUGGAUGAGGUGAGUUACCCCCAUACAAUGUACUGCACUCAAUGUGAAAAUGCGAUCCACUCAUUAUUAUUGUCUAUCAAAAGUACAGUAGCAUGGGAAUGCAGUCACUGAAUGUCCACAGCCAUGCCCAGAUCAGGAGUCUCUUCAAACAUCUUACAGUCAGCUUCCUGCUCCUCAAACACAAUGAGCUGCAUGAUGAUGAUGAAGAAACAAAUAAAGGUAACUAAAAGAUA